CCACGCUGUGGGAUUCACUGGGUGGUUGGUUGCUGAAGUUCGUGAAAGUAUACCUAAGGAACUAGAUUUUUUGGUUGAGGCCCAAAACAGCGUAAAAUGUAUGGAUAACUUUCGGAAGCUAUCUCCUCGUAUUGCAGACUAUGUUUAUGCCCCAAGGGUAUAUUGGAAUUUAAGCACAUCAAAGCUGUUAACCAUGGAAUAUAUGGAGGCUAUGCAAGUAAAUGACUUGAAGGGCAUCCAAAGACUUGGAAUUCAGCCAAGUGAUGUUGUAAAGUUGGUUAGUGAGACGUUUGCCGAAAUGAUGUUCAAACAUGGUUUUGUGCAUUGUGAUCCACAUGCUGCAAACUUGCUAGUCCGCCCUUUGCCUACUGGUCGUAGGAGCAUUUUUGGAAGGAGAAAACCUCAGUUGAUAGUGUUGGACCAUGGUUUAUACAAAGAACUUGAUUACAACACCAGAAUAAACUAUGCUUCUCUGUGGAAGGCUUUGGUAUAUUCUGAUGCAAACGGAAUAAAGGAAAACUGUGUAAAACUGGGUGCUGGAGACGAUCUUUACGCAUUGUUUGCUGGGAUUCUCACAAUGAGGCCUUGGAAUAAAGUGAUAGAUCCUUCAGUUGAUCAUCUUGUUGUCAAAGGCACGGACGGUGACCGUUCAGAACUGCAGAUGUAUGCUUCCCAAUAUUUUCCACAAAUCACUGAACUUCUGAGGAGAUUGCCCCGGGUUAUUCUUCUAAUGCUCAAGACAAAUGACUGCUUACGAGCAGUUAAUGGGUCAUUGAUUCAAGGGCCUUCUCUUGACUCAUUCUUGAUCAUUGGAAGGGUUUCAUCUGAAGCCGUUCUUGAGUCUAUGUUGUCGCAAAAGACAUUCUUGUUAUCUUGGAUCAAUUUUUGGGUACAGAAGAUUUUGUUGGAAGGCCGGCUUUGCGUAAUGCAUAUAGCAGUGUGGCUUUUGCAACUUAAGAAAGCCUUGACAUUGUGAAAGCAAGUAUACUUCCAAUUUUGUUGGAUGUCCCAAAAUGGACGGACAUAGUGAAAGCAACUAACAAUCAGGUGAUUUUAAAUUUGGAAUUUUGUUAAAACUUUAGAAGUUGGAUGCGUUGAUUUUUUAUUUUUUUCCCGCAACUCGCCGUGUCAGUCCGAUCUCUCAUUGUGGCAGAGCCUGGAAGAUCACAAUUCUUUUGUAAUAAGCUACGUUUACAUUUUUUUUAGCAGAAUAAUUCUUUUAGAGGAGGCAAUGGAAGCAAAAAAUGAUGAGUCGGACGAGUGCUUCUGGUUGUAAAAUCCUUUAGGAUACUCCUAAGAUGAGGAUAUUUAUUGGGAUAUUAUGGUAAGUUGGCUAAGAAAUGUGCAAUUUCUUUUAUGACAGACUUCAGCUCUCACGAUGAUAACUUUUGGAGGACCACUGCUUUUGAUAUUUGUACCCCUCACGAUUGGAUUACAAACUUCUAAUCCCUGUGCCAAAUUUUAGUAUAUUAGGGGUUGACAUUUGCUUGAACUGCGAGUCGUACGCGGUUGCUCUUCCUCGAGUCACAUAUUCACUUGUAAAUAGACAAGCUUGAUAGAUUUCUCACUUAUCCCUGAGUAUAUAGGUUGCUUUGCUUUUCGGACCAAAACAAAGUUAGCUUUGCUUUAACAUUGACCUAUCGAUUUACAAAUUACAAAUUGAGGAAGAGCGUCAUGGUGGGUUGGUAUUGCAUGUGUAACAAAACGUUGCGAGAAAAUGUUUCUCUGGCUACUUCCAAUUUGAAUAGGAUAAAUUAUUACUACAAAAGUUUUUAUAGA